UUUCGCUGCCUGGAGGGAGGAGAGCCCUCUGUCGAUGAAGGGGCCUUUGCUUCCGUGGAAGGCGCCCCGGCUCGGACAAGGUCGAGUCCCCGGACGCGGCCUGCAGCAGCCCACCCACGUCCCCAGAAGCGGCAGCUCGGCUCGGUGGCCAGGCGGCGCUCGCUCCGCUUCUGCCUCGGCCUCCUGCGGGCGCCGGGCCCGGCCCUUUCCGUUCGCUUCGGUCCCUCCUCCUCCUGCUCGGCGCGUCCCUCCCUCAGUCUCGGCCGGGUUGCUGCCGCUGCCGCUGCUGCUGCUGCUGCGGGCGAUCGGGGCCCGGGCCGGGCUGUGGCGGUGCGGCGAGGCCGGGGCGAUCGGUGCCCGCCGGGCUCCUCCGGGCGGGCCGGCGGCGGUUGCUGCAGCUGUUUCUGCCUGGGCGGCAUGAAGGGGAAGGAGGAGAAGGAGAAAGAGGGCGGCGGAGGCGGCGUUGGGUUGCCGGGAAGCGGCGGCCCCGCGGUGGGUCUGGUCGGCGGCCUGGUCGGGGGCGGCUUGGGCGGCGGCGGCAGCCCCGAGAAGAGCCGCAGCGCCCAGGAGUACAAGGAGCAAGGCAACCGGCUCUUCGUCAGCCGCAAGUACCCGGAGGCCGCCGCUUGCUACGGGCGGGCCAUCAACCGGAAUCCCUUAGUGGCAGUCUAUUACACCAACCGCGCCUUAUGUUACCUUAAGAUGCAGCAGCACGACAAGGCCCUGGCCGACUGCAAGCACGCCCUGGAGUUGGACGGCCAGUCCGUGAAGGCGCACUUCUUCCUGGGGCAGUGCCAGAUGGAGAUGGAGAACUACGACGAGGCCAUUGCGAACCUUCAGAGAGCCUACAACUUAGCCAAAGAGCAACGACUGAACUUUGGGGACGACAUUCCAAGCGCUUUGCGGAUCGCCAAGAAGAAGCGUUGGGACAACAUUGAGGAGAAGCGGAUCAACCAGGAAAACAAGUUGCACUCCUAUCUCACCAAACUCAUCAUGGCGGAGAAAGAAAGGGAGUUAGAUGAAUGUCGACGAGCACAGGAAGAGGAGAACAUGGACGAAAGUCGGAGCCGGGCACAGCUGUCCAACAUCGAAGCCAAACAUGAAAAGUACCUAGCGGACAUGGAUGAGCUGUUCUCUCAGGUGGAUGAGAAGCGGAAGAAACGUGACAUCCCGGAUUACCUGUGCGGGAAGAUCAGCUUUGAGCUGAUGCGAGAACCCUGCAUCACACCCAGUGGGAUUACCUAUGACAGGAAGGACAUUGAAGAGCAUCUCCAGCGUGUCGGCCACUUUGACCCCGUGACCCGCAGCCCCCUGACCCAGGACCAGCUGAUCCCCAACCUUGCCAUGAAAGAGGUGAUCGACGCGUUCAUAUCGGAAAACGGCUGGGUAGAAGACUACUGACGGCCGAGGGGGAGAGGCUGUCGCUGCGGCCUCCUCGCCCUGUUUUCCGUCUCGGCAGCAAAGGCACCUCACAGACUGCCAAGGGACAUCCUCUCUAAGUUCGCUGGGCCAGCACCACGCCUUACUUCAUUGAUCUGUCUCGCUUUUCUCUCCACCACCACCACCACCCGUCCUUUUCCCACUCUGGCUGCCUUGGCCUCUGCUGAAUUAGGGCCCGUUACCUCCCUGGGGCAAGUCAGUGCUCCCAGGCUGCUUUCUGACGCAGGCAAGAUGGGAGGCCUGGUCCCCAGUUUCGGGAUGGCGGGGAAGGCCAGCCCCGUUUAAAGAAGCAAAACGAGGAGGGAGGUCCUCAGUGGCAUUUUUCCCAAGGGCCAAGAAGUGUGCUCUGUGGGGCCUAGGCACCCAUCGGGACCCCGUAGAGUCAUGUGAAUGACACUGUUUUUGCACCCAGCAGCCCUCCUGGCAAAUGGCCUUGUUCCCCUCAAUGCACACAUACACACACCUUCCACUCCGGCUAUGCUGCUGACUGCGGGCCAAGCCUCCAUGGCAAGUGACACGCUAAACGGACCGGACCUGUUCUCCCCUCUCCCCAGCUUGCCUUUGAACUGUUCGUCCUCAUCCGCUCGCUCCGUCUGUACAAAGUUUUAGUGGGUUUUUUUUUUCUCAUUCCAUUUUCCUGUCUGUCCAGGAUAGCUGGAUUCAUAUUUCUUGUGUUGCCUCUUUUCUUUGUAAAUAGAUUAGCCACUUAUUUUGGGCUGGGCAGUGGAGCUGGGCACAUAGAAAUAAUAAUUAUUAUACAGACGACUGGAAUUUGGGUUUGUGCGGGGUGAGCGCCUGUGUGUGUGGGCGGGAGAUGCUGACCCCACCCCCUUCCAGGUAGUUCUUUUCCCAUUAAACCACUCGAUGAAAAUUCUGUUUUUGUGUUUGAUUAAAACUCCCGGCCCUUAAUAACGCAUUUGAAGCUUUUUUAUUAUUGUGGGGAUUUUUGCUCCUCGGGAGGGAAUUUGGCAUGCAAGCUGCCUAGCUUCUGGGCAAUCUCUCUUAACUUUGGUCACACUGGUAAAUAAAUAUCCGAGCAAGCCGUCUUGCACAUGGCUGUUUCGUGGUGCUGGGGGGG